AUGGUCAAUGAUGCUUUUGGGAUGCAUUCUGAUUUUGAACAAGGAGAAAAUGUAGAAGAAGCAAACAUCUUUUAUGAACAAUUGCGUGAUUGUAGUAGUCCUUUGUUCAGCGGGAAUCAACACUCUAAAUUGUCUGUUGCAGUUAGAUUGUUAAGUAUCAAAUCUGACAAUAAUAUUUCUCAAGGAGCAAUGGACUCUAUGAUAGAUCUUAUAAAGGAAUUAGUUGAUCCUAAUGUAGAGAUUCUUGAUUCUUAUUAUAAAGUAAAUGCAUUGGUGUCUAAGUUAGGACUCUCCUCGAUAAGAAUUGAUUGUUGUGAAAAAGUUUGCAUGUUAUACUAUAAGGAGGAUGUCGAUCUAGAGUCUUGUAAGUUUUGUAGUCACCCUCACUAUAAGACUGGUUCUACCGGAAAGAAACUUGCUAUUACGGUGAUGCAUUAUUUACCUCUUAUACCAAGAUUGAAGAGGUUGUAUGCAUCAAAUAACUCUGCUCCUCAUAUGAGAUGGCACCGUGAAAAUAAAAGGCCACCUGGUGUCAUGUGUCAUCCAUCUGACGGAGAGGCUUGGAAACAUUUUGAUAGAACUUAUCCAGAUUUUGCCGUUGAACCAAGGAAUGUUAGGCUGGGUUUGUGUGCGGAUGGUUUCACCCCUUUUUCAGUUGGGGCUGCACCAUAUUCUUGUUGGCCUGUGUUUAUUACACCUUAUAAUCUUCCAUCUGAGGUGUGUAUGACAAGUCCAUAUAUAUUUCUGAAUUGUGUCAUUCCUGGUCCGAGUAAUCCAAAAAGUAAGAUUGAUGUGUACUUACAACCUUUGAUUGAUGAGUUGAAAUUGUUGUGGUCUGAGGGGGUAGAAACAUGGGAUAUUUCUCGUAAACAAAAUUUCAACAUGCGUGCUACUUUAAUGUGGACUAUUAAUGAUUUUCCUGCCUAUGGAAUGCUAUCUGGAUGGAUGAUUGUUGGAAAGUUAGCAUGUCACUACUGUAUGGAAGAUACUAAAUCAUUCACAUUAAAACAUGGCCGAAAAAAUUCAUGGUUUGAUUGUCACCGUCGGUUCUUGCCACCUGAUCAUAAGUUUAGGAGAAAGAAAUAUGCAUUUAAAAAGAAUAAAACUGAACGAGAUGGUCCACCCCCAAUAUUAACGGGUGAUGAUAUUUGGGAAAGGGUUCAAAAUUUUCCAAAGGUAACUGAGGAACCACCGUACAAAUUUGAUGGGUAUGGUGUUGCACAUAAUUGGACUAAACAGAGUAUAUUCUGA